GCCAGUAGUACUGAUUAGAACGCCGACCGUGCAGGGUCGCCGCUUUCCGCUGUUCAUUGUGCUCCACGGGAUCUGCCGGUAACACCGGAAGCACGUGACUGUCAGCGGGACUGGCAAUCGGUUUGCUAGAUCGGUGCAUCAUCGCGAAACGAGUUCAAACCACGAUAACGGACCCACAGCGUGUGCUUGUAAGGUACCAGCGGUGGGUGCAAGGAUCAUAAACACAGUGCGCGUGAAAUUAAACCCCCCCUCCCCCCGUACCGCCAGCCAUGGGACAGACGGAUCCUUUGGUCGUCCAGUAUCGGGGCGAUUGGUACGAUCUGACGGAGUUCGCACACAAGCAUCCGGGUGGCAAGAACUCGCUGGCCGGCCUGCACGAUAAGGAUAUGGAGGAGCGGUUCACACGCGCCCCAGGACACUCACAGGCGGCCAAAUAUUUGAUGAAGGAGUACCGGAUCCGUUCGAAAACCGUAGAACCCACGAAACCCACCAACGGGUACGCCAAAAAUGGAACCGCAAAGACAGCGAAUGGUAAGAUACCGAACGGUACUAGAAAUGGCAUCCACUCCGGAGCAAAUGGAUUGCACGCCAAGCCGUCCGCGGUGGAGGAGGAUACAGCAAGGUUAACCGACGACAGCAUGGAGCAUUUGGUCGACUGGAGCAAACCGAUGCUGUGGCAGAUACACAGAAUGCCACCCGGCAGCUAUGCCGAGUGGGUUAACAAGCCCGUCGAUCGGGAGCUACGCCUGAUUGGACCGGGCUGGAUAGAGAACAUGACCAGAACACCGUGGUGGAUCGUACCGGCCUUCUGGAUACCGGCCAUCUGCUACAUCACCCAUCUUGGCAGCCAGGAUCUGGCCAGCGCACGUGGAACCGAACCAUCGCUUCUAUCGGUGGAGCUGUACGUGCAGCUGGUGAUCGGUUGUCUGGCGUGGACACUGCUCGAGUACUCGUUGCACCGCUGGGUCUUCCAUCUCGAUCCGAAGCACAAUCGAUUCCUGCAAACGUUUCACUUUCUCAUUCACGGUCAGCACCACAAGGUACCGUUCGAUCCGUACCGGUUGGUGUUUCCCGUUCCGCCGGCCAUUCUGCUGACCACGUUCUUCUACCAACCCAUCUACUAUCUGUUUCCCUAUCCGAGGAUCACGCUUGCCGGUGGUCUCAUAGGAUACCUUAUCUACGACAUGAUACACUAUUACCUUCACUACGGAAGUCCGGCCGGGGGCCAUCUGUAUCACAUGAAACGGUAUCACUAUUCACACCACUUCGUUCACCACGAUCAAGGAUACGGCAUCAGUAGCGACUUUUGGGAUAAGCUGUUCGGAACACGAAUCAUGCUAACUAAGCUAAAGUACCUGCUAAAGUGGUGAAGUCACUGCUGAGGACCGGCAGAGACGCUACACGAUAACCAUACAGGGGGGAACCCGGGGCUGUAAAUUAUAUACAACAAUACGCACAACAAUAAAGUGUCGCUAGGAAGUACUGGGUUUCAUAA